AUUUGAAAUACAAAUGAACUCCAACUCUGAUUAGUAAGAAUUCUUUUAUAAUUUCUUUAGUCAUUUCCUAUUCAAAGUUUUAUUAAUUGGAAAUUCUGGUGUAGGCAAAUCAUGUAUGCUUAUGCGUUAUUCUGUAUUAUUUCUUAUAAUUCUUAGGAAAAUCAAUUCACAAACAACUUCUACAACACUAUAGGAGUAGACUUCAAAACAAAAACCAUUGCUUUAGGAGAACAUAAUGUUAAACUGCAAAUUGUAAAUAAUUAUAUUAUCUUAGUGGGAUACUGCAGGUUAAGAUCGAUUCAGAACUAUAACAUGUAGUUAUUAUAGAGGAGCUUAAGGAAUUAUUAUUGUUUAUGAUAUAACAGACAGAGAGUCCUUUGAAAAUGUUAAAACUUGGAUGGCAGAAAUAGAUAAGUAGUUUAUUUUAAUAUUCGAGAUAUGCCUCUGAAUCAGUAAACAGAUUAUUAGUUGGUAAUAAGGCAGAUAUAACAGAACGAAGAGAAGUAUCUUAUGAAGAAGGUUUAGAAUUAUGUAAUCCUCUAUUUUAAUAAUAAUUUUAGCAAGACUCUAUUAAAUUCCAUUUUAUGAGACUAGUGCCAAAUCUUCAAUCAACAUUGAAGCAGCAUUUACUCACAUCACAAAAAAUAUACUAAAUCGAGAACUUCACAAUACAAGAGCAGUAGUCAGAAAAACAUCAAAUCUUAGACUUCAAAAUAGAUAACAGUAGUAAUAAUAAGAAAAGAAAAAACAAGAAGAUCUUUGCUGUUGAC